AUGGAUACCAAGCUUUCAAAUUCUGCUGACCAGAUUGCGACGACCUUUGAGUACAUGGAUUCAUUGAGCCAAGCUGGCAGCAGAAGUUCAAGGGCAACAAGCGUUGCAUCGGGUGCAUCAUCAGCAUCCAAUGCUAGGCUCAGAGCAUCAGCCGAGAAAGCUGCGUUGCAAGCAGAAAUUGCAACAGGGAAUAGAAGACAGGCUCUGGAAGAGGAGGAGCUAAAGCUUCGUCAGCGACGGCGGCAGAUCGAGUUAGAGACAAAGCUAGCGAGAGCUGCUGCUAUAGAGAAAACAUUUGCUGAGGCUGAAAAUGAUUAUGAUGUUAAGAAUUCUACACCAUUGGUUCAGCCAGUCACCACACACCACACGACACCAAACCAAGUUCCCAAAGUAAACCAAGAUGAUUCUCUUCCAAGUUCGGGUUCAACCACCAUACCCUCACUUAGCACACCGGUCGGAGACACACCUAGCAACUUCACUCAUCUCGUGAAAGCCAUGCAGGUACAACAACAGUCCUUGGUAGAGACCCUCCAAUUGCCAAAGACUGAGCUAAUGACUUUUGACGGAGAUCCUGCAAAUUACUGGGUGUUCAUCCGGGCAUUCGAGAAUGCUGUAGAAAAGGACACAAUUAGCGAUGCUGCAAAGUUGGCUCGUCUCCAGCAAUACUGCACUGGUGCUGCGAAGAAACUGAUACAGUGCUGUGCAGUCAAGACACCACCCGAGGGCUAUGCUCUUGCAAGAAAGCUUCUGAAGGAAAGGUUCGGAAAUGAAUAUGACAUAGCGGAGGCAUGGAUCAACAAGAUCGUUAAUCGCCCUGAUAUUCGAGACAGCAGGGCACUUUUAGAUUUUGCUGAUGACUUGAGAAACUGCCGGGAGACACUAGACACCAUGGACAAAUUGUGUGAGCUUAACAACAGCAGAAGUUUGGCUCAGAUGUUGGAUAAGCUACCCUGGGAUGUUCGCAAGGCAUGGCUGAGAAAGGUUUACCAUAUUAAAACUGUUGAAUCCAGGUCCCCUACUAUAGAUGACGUCGUCAAUUUCGUGCAGAUUUCAGCACAACAAGCAAAUGACCCAGUCUACAGCAAGCUCGUGAGCAGAGACCGGGCUGAAAAAUCAAUGAAGGAUGUCAAACGCAAAGAUACUUCCGUGUCAAAACCCCGCUCCAAUUUUGUGACACAAGUAGAGACAGCAUCCUCCCCUCAACGCACUAACGAUAAGGGGACAUAUCGGAAUGCAGAUUGGCAUGCAAAUGCAUCAUCAGAACGACUGUGUGUCAACUGUCUACAACCAGGACAUAGAGCCCGAGAUUGUUCGAGAGAUGCAGUAUGCACUGUUCCUGGAUGUGGUUUGAAACAUACCAAGUUCUUACAUCUCACCCGCACGGGCAACCCAUCAACACCAACAAGUGUUUACCCUGUGAAGCAAGGAGAUCAGCUCAUAAAUAAUGCUGUUCCUGUCACCGUCAAUGCUGUGCCAACAACUGCCUCAGCCAAUGCAACUUGCAACACUUCUGGGGCCGGAAGUGGAAGGAUAGCCCUACCCAUAGUUCCAGUGAAAGUACGAAGCCACAGAAGUGCUACUAACUUUGUGACGACAUACGCUCUACUUGACAGUGGAUCAACGCAGACUUUCUGCUCAGAAAAGCUAAUUAAUGAGCUUGGAGUUAAUGGAAAACCAGACACCAUGAGGCUGACAACCUUAGACAAUCACGAUAUCCUCACUGAAACUCGCAUUGUACAUCUUGAGGUAACUGACAUGUGUGAUGAAAAUCUGGUUGUCAUGACACAUGUUCUGACAAGGCCAAAACUACAGAUGGGCAUCAGCACUUUGAUAGAUCAAAAGGAGAUCAACAAAUGGUCACACCUAAGCGAUAUAAUCUUGCCAGAUGUAGAUGCUAACAAUGUACACUUGCUCAUAGGCCAAGACAACCCCUCUGCUUUAAUUCCGAAAGAAGUCCGGGAAGGAGGCGUUGGAACACCCUAUGCGACACGCACUAAAUUAGGAUGGACUCUCAAUGGCCCAUUUGAGACUGGACCCCUAAGCCGUUCAACUUCUUUCUUCAUUGAAACAGACACAAGUCUACAGCAACAAGUAGAAAAGUUCUGGAAACUGGACGGCACUGGAGGUGACGAGAGAGGUAUGUCAAUCAGUGAUAAGAAAGUUAUCUCUACCUGGGAGCAGUCAUUGUGCCGGGAUGGAGCACACUAUAGCAUGAACAUUCCCUUUAAGAUGCGCCCACCUCAACUACCUGACAACAAGGCAGUGGCCGAACACAGACUCCGUCUGCUGGGGAGACGACUAGGCCGAGACUCCGACAUGAAGGAGAAAUACAUUGCAGGCAUCCAAGAUUUGAUGAAUAAAGGAUAUGCAGAGGAGGUACCCCAGCAGGAUCUGAACAGAGAAGAUGGAGCAGUUUGGUAUUUGCCACACCAUCCGGUCCUUCACCCACGCAAACCAGGAAAGGUGCGCAUAGUGUUCGACUGUGCUGCUCGUUACCGAGGUGUGUCACUCAACGACAAGGUUCAUCAGGGCCCAGAUAUGACAAACAAGCUAGUGGGAGUGUUGAUUCAGUUCCGGCAAGAGACCAUCGCCCUGAUGGCAGAUGUUGAAGGAAUGUUUCACCAGGUGCACGUGAAUAAGCCUGACCGCGACGUUCUGCGUUUCCUGUGGUGGACCGACAACGACAUAAGUGGGGUUCCUACUAAGACGUUUCGUAUGACAUCUCACUUGUUUGGAGGCAUUUGGUCACCAAGCUGUGCAACUUUUGCCUUAAAGCGUACAGCACAAGACAACAUGGAGAGUUUUGACGCCAACACCAUAGACACCAUAGACAAAAACUUCUACGUCGAUGAUUGCCUCAAGUCAGUCGCUACAGAGCAAGAAGCCAUCAGCCUUGUUAGACAGCUUCGUGAGGUUUUGGCCUCCGGUGGAUUUCGUCUCACGAAGUGGAUUAGUAACUCCCGGGAAGUCCUGAGGUCAGUUCCUGAAUCUGAACGAGCGAAGGGAGUGCCAACAUUGGACCUGGACCAGACACUUCCUGCCGAGCGAGCACUGGGUGUGCUAUGGGACAUCGAGUCUGAUGCCUUUACAUUCAAUGUGAGUGUGACGGAGAAGCCGUUGACACGACGUGGACUGCUGGGAACAGUGAGUUCUGUGUACGACCCCCUAGGUUAUGCCAGUCCGUUUGUACUCACUGCUAAAAUACUUUUCCAGUCGCUGUGCAGAAUGAAAAUUGGAUGGGACGAUCCAAUCCCAGACUCCAUCAAAGAGCAGUGGAUCCGGUGGAUGGCCGAUUUACCACUCCUUCAGAAGAUAUCAAUACCACGUUGUGUCAAGCCACUAAAUUACGACACCAUCACUUCAGCGCAGUUACACCAUUUUGCGGAUGCUUCUGAAAGGGGUUUUGGAGCUGUUACUUACCUGCGACUUCAGGAUUCCAGUGGUUUGGUACAUUGUGUGCUGCUCAUGGCCAAAGCAAAGCUGGCACCUCUGAAGACAACAACAAUUCCCCGCCUUGAACUUGCUGCCGCAGUCAUUUCUGUCAAGCUUGAUGAAACAAUGCGUCGUCAUCUUACACUACCAUUGCAGGAGACAGUCUACUGGAGCGAUAGCAUGAUUGUGUUGCAGUAUUUGAGAAAUGAGGAAAAGAGAUUCCAAACCUUCGUUGCCAACCGUGUGUCAAAGAUACUGGAGCAUUCCACACCGCAGCAAUGGAAGCAUGUUGAUACGAGCUCCAAUCCAGCAGACGAUGUCUCCAGAGGACUUCAAGCACAGCAGCUCAUUGACAGCAAACGUUGGCUUCAUGGACCACAAUUUCUUCAGCUCGAGGAAGAUAAAUGGCCCAAUCAACCUGAAUUUGACAAGAUGACUCUGCCUGUAGACAUGGAGCUUAAGACAGUUACACAAGUCUACUCAGUCGAGGCAACCACUAAUACACCUUAG